GGCCCGCUGACACGCAUAUGUCGACUGUAUACUAUAAAAGCUAACUACACGCUCAGGCAAUCUAGAGGCCUUGUCUCGAAGCACUCGUUUUGCACGCUUCCGCCUCACUCGCCUUUAUACAAAGCCCUCAACUACUUUGUUUGUACUAGGCACGUUCGUUUAAUUUGCGUCAUCUAGCCUAAGCCCAAGGCGCCAUGGACGGGGAAGAGCAACUUGAGGAGCAGGCGGAAGCGCAGCCCGUUGCCCAUUCUCCAGAUGAGGAGGAAGAGGAGCCCAUUGACAUCUUUCAAGCUAUUAAAGAGGGGGACUAUGAGGCGGUGCAGAUUGCUCUGGACCGGGGGGCCGACAUCGAGCAAACCUCGUCAGGGGGAGUGACGCCUCUGAUCCAAGCUGUACAAUGUGGGGCCGAGCAAGCCGUGGAAAUCUUGGUACAGUCCGGCGCCGACGUGCACGCCGCCACUCGCUCCGGCGACACUGCGCUUCAUUGGGCUGCCUACGGCGGCGGCGGGGCGCUGGUGCAGCUGCUGCUGGAGGCGGGCGCCAACGUGGACGCCGUGGGUGACCUGGGCAACAGGCCGCUGCACGUGGCGGCAAGCAGGGGGCACGACCAGGUGGUGGGUCUGCUGCUGACGCACAACGCGCACACGGCGUUCAAGAACGCGUACGGCAACACCGCGCUGUCGCUGGCCACGGGGGCCAAGGCGCAGGCCUGGAUCAAGCGGGUGGCGGAGGGCGGCCCCGGCGAGCGCUCCAAGCUUGCGGCGGAGCUGGCUGCGCUGGAGGCGGAGGCGGACGCCAAGGCGGCGGAGCGGAGGACCAGGGAGGACGCGGAGGCCAAGGCGCGGGAGGAGCGCGCCGCCGCCGCGCGCAAGAAGCGGGACGAGGAGGACGCGGAGGAGGACCGCAUUGAGGAGAUGGAGCGGGCGCGCAUCAAGGCCGAGGAGGAGGAGCGCAGGAGGUUGGAGGAGGAGCGGCUGAGGGCGGAGGAGGAGGCAAAACGCCUGGCGGAGGAGGAGGCGAAGCGCGCAGCUGCGGAGGCGCGGAGGAAGAAGCGGGAGGCAGCCAAGAAGAAGAAGUGAGAUGGGGAAAGGAGUGCGGUCGGUGCUGGAGGAGUCACGUGGAGGAGCGGAGGAGGCGGGGUGGAGCGCAUGGGUGGAGCGGUUAGUCUACGUCAGUUCCGGAGGGAGGCAAGGUUUACGGCAGGAGCGGUCAGGGGCUGGCGGCCGCACGUCCAGUCUAUGUUGGGCCCGGGCGUAAACGCUUCCUCCAGACCGUGUUACGGUUUGCCCUGGCAGUGCAUCGCUGCAAGACUGGCUGAGCACGUGCUACCUUCUUGGAAGGCAUGCAGUGUCAUGUAAUCUUGAUGUUCC